AUGACAGGGGAACCAGAAAGAAAACUGUGAGCUGUUUCUCACUCCUAUAACCUUGGUGCCUGUUUGCACUAGCCACAGCGGGGCACUGACCCUUGCUGUGACCACGUCCCAAACACAGACACUAUCUAUAAGCUCUGCAGCCUGCUAUUCAGCCCCAGACUGGAGGAUGGAUAUCCUGGAGACUUCCAAGCUGCUGGAUGAGGAACUAUAUUCAAGACAGCUGUAUGUGUUGGGCUUACCUGCCAUGCAGAGAAUUCAGGAAGCCAAGGUCUUGCUGUCAGGCCUACAGGGUUUGGGGGCUGAGGUAGCCAAGAACUUGGUCCUGAUGGGCGUGGGCAGCCUCACUCUGCAUGAUCCCAACCCCACCUGCUGGUCUGACCUGGCUGCACAGUUUUUCCUCUCAGAGCAGGAUUUGGGAAGAAGUAGGGCUGAAGCUUCUCAAGAGCGCUUGGCUCAGCUCAACAGAGCUGUCCAGGUCUUUGUGCACACAGGUGACAUCACUGAGGACUUGCUGUUGGACUUCCAGGUGGUAGUGCUGACUGCCUCAAAGCUGGAGGAACAGCUAAGGGUGGGCACCUUUUGCCAUAAGCAUGGAGUCUACUUUUUGGUGACUAAUACCUGGGGCCUUGUGGGGCAGUUGUUCUGUGACUUUGGUGAGGACUUCACUGUGCAGGACCCCACAGAGGCAGAACCUUUGACAGCUGCCAUCCAGCACAUAUCCCAGGGCUCUCCUGGCAUUCUCACAUUGAGGAGAGAGACCAAUACCCACAAAUUCCAUGAUGAGGACUGGGUGACUUUCUCAGGCAUCGAGGGCAUGAUUGAACUCAAUGGCUGUGCCCCCCGGUCCAUCCAUGUACGGAAGGAUGGGUCCCUGGAGAUUGGGGACACAACAACUUUCUCUUGUUACUUGCGUGGUGGGACUGUCACUGAAGUCAAGAGACCCAAGACUGUGAGACAUGAGCCCCUGGACACCGCCCUGCUGCAGCCCCGUGUGGUGGCCCAGGGUGCCCAGGUAGUCCACCGUGCCCACUGCCUGCAUCAGGCCUUCCGUGCACUGCAUAUGUUUCAGCACCUCAAUGGCCGACCACCCAAGCCCUGGGAUUCUGUUGAUGCAGAGAUAGUGGUACGCCUGGCCCAGGACCUGGAACCAAUAAAGGGGACAGAGGAACAGCCACUGGAUGAAGUCUUGGUGCGGACGUUUGCCCUGACUAGUUCUGGUGUCUUGAGUCCCAUGGCAGCCAUGAUGGGUGCAGUGGCUGCCCAGGAAGUGCUGAAGGUUGAGAACUGCUGCCCUAGAGGCUUCACCAAUGCAAUCUCCAGGAAGUUCAUGCCUUUGGACCAGUGGCUGUACUUUGAUGCCCUCGACUGUCUUCCAGAAGAUGGGGAGCUCCUUCAGAAUCCUGAGGACUAUACUCCGAGAGACUGCCGCUAUGAUGGGCAAAUUGCAGUGUUUGGGGCUGGUUUUCAGGAGAAACUGAGCUGUCAGCACUACCUGCUGGUGGGUGCUGGUGCCAUUGGCUGUGAACUGCUCAAAGCUUUUGCCCUAAUGGGCCUUGGGGCUGGAGGCAGUGGAGCGUUAACUGUUGCUGACAUGGACCAUGUAGAGCACUCCAACCUCAGCCGACAGUUCCUCUUCAGGACCCAGGAUAUUGGUAGGCCCAAGGCAGAGGUGGCUGCAGCAGCUGCUCAGGUUCUGAACCCAGACUUAAAGGUAACCGCACUUACCCACCCACUGAAUCCCACUACAGAGCACAUCUAUGGGGACAACUUCUUCUACCAGGUGGAUGGCGUGGCUGCUGCCCUGGAUAGUUUCCAGGCCCGUGAGUGCUCAAUUUUGCAGCUCAGCCCCUUACCUAAGACUGUGCCAGCUCCAUUUCUGACCCUCUGCCCCCUUCUAGGGCACUAUGUAGCUGCUCGCUGUACCCACUAUCUGAAGCCACUGCUGGAGGCAGGCACACAGGGUACCUGGGGCAGUGCUUCAGUGUUCGUGCCACAUGUGACUGAGGGCUACAGUGCCCCUGCUUCAGCUGUAGCUUCUGAGGAUGCCUCCCACCCUCUCUGUACUGUGCGGCACUUCCCCACCACAGUCGAGCAUACUCUAAAGUGGGCUCGGGAUGAGUUUGAGGGACUCUUCCGACUGUCUGCAGAGACCAUCAAUCGCUACCAACAGGGAUUCACUUCCCUGGCAGAUAUGAAUGGGCCACAGACAUUGACCUUACUGCAGCCAGUGCUGGGAGUCCUGAGAGCACGUCCACAGAGCUGGCAAGACUGUGUAGUGUGGGCUUUUGGCCACUGGCAACUACGAUUCCAUUAUGGCAUCAAACAGCUCCUGAGGCACUUUCCACCCGAUAAAGUGCUUGAGGAUGGAACUCCCUUCUGGUUUGGUCUCAAACAGUGUCCCCACCCCCUGGAGUUUGACAUCAGCCAAGACACACACCUCCUCUAUGUGCUGGCGGCUGCCAACCUAUAUGCCCAGAUGCAUGGGCUGCCUGGCUCACAAGACCAGACUACACUCAGGGAGAUGCUGAAGCUGCUGCCACAGCCUGACUCUCAGCACCUGGCCUCCAUCUUCACCAGUAACCUAGAGCUGGCUUUGGCUUCUGCAGAGUCUGGCCCUGAGCAGAUGAAGGAACUACAUAAUGUCCUGGAAGUUUGGAGCAUAGGCUCUCUCCUGAAGCCUCUGAUAUUUGAAAAGGAUAAUGACAGCAAUUUCCAUGUGGACUUUGUGACAGCAGCAGCCAGCCUACGAUCUCAGAACUAUGGAAUCUCAUCAGUCAGCCGUGCCCAGUGCAAGCGAAUUGUGGGCCAGAUUAUUCCAGCCAUUGUCACCACUACAACAGCUGUGGCAGGCCUGGUGGGCCUGGAACUGUAUAAGGUGGUGGAUAAGCCACGGCCUCUUGGUGCCUUUCGCCACAGCUACCUGCACCUGGCUGAAAACAAAUUCAGCCGCUGGGUGCCUUUAGCCCCAGCCACCCACACGUUCCAUCACUUGAAGUGGACCUGUUGGGACCGCCUGAAGGUUUCUGCUGGGCAGCCUGAAAGGACCCUGGAGUCACUGUUGGGCCAUCUCCAGGAGGAACAUGGGCUGAGGGUGAGGAUGCUGUUGCAUGGCCCUGCCCUGCUCUAUUCAACAGGAUGGUUGCCUGAAAGGCAGGCUCAGCAUCUGCCCCUCAGGAUAACAGAAUUGGUUCAGCGGGUGACAGGCUGGGUGCCUGAGCCUGGGCUGCGGGUGCUGGUCCUGGAGCUGAGCUGUGAGGGUGAAAAGGAGGAUACUGCCUUCCCACCUCUGCACUAUGAGCUGUGACAAGGCAGCCACCUCUAUCAACUGGCUCAAGGAACUGAGCCCUGCAUCCCAAGCCCUGAAUCUUGAGCCCACAGUAGGCAUUCAAUAAAUGCUUGUUGAA